AUGCUGGUCCAGACGAUGACCCGUCCGAUCCUCUCUCAUCACAUUUCGAUCACUGUGGGAAAAGUCGUCCGGCUCCUGUCCUUCCUGUACGCCUGCACCGGGGAAAGCUACGGGGUCGUACGGACGCUAGAACCGCACAGGGACCGCGUGCUGGAGACGCACAGGCAGCGGUCCGCACUGUCCCCACGCUGCACGUUCCGCUUCUGGGUCUACGUUACGCAGUGGUGUCCAUCAACGUUCUGUGGAGUUUUCUACCAUCUGGACAUCAGACAUGAUUACAUAACCCCAGCAGUGCUGAUGACGGACACAGGUCAUCUGCACAUCCAGGCGGAGCUGCUGUCCCAGGAGGCGCAGGCGUUCCUCAGCCACAAGCCCGUGCCCAUGGACCAGUGGUGCCAGAUCCAGCUGACACUGGAGUCCUCGCUGGUAAACCUAACUGUCAUUUGUGGAGAACAUGUUGAUCAGAUGACACACAGAUUCCCAGAUACAAUUUUGCUCUCGGACACGGACGGAAGUUUCCAUCUUGGAGGCUCUAAAUACGUGCGGGGGAUGAGCGGAUUCUACGGGCCGAGCGUUUACCACAGGAACAGGAUUGUGCCCUUGUCCAGGACUCGACCUCCAAGGUUGGUGGACAGCAUAGACCUCCCUCCGUGGUUCCAGAAGUGCGAGGCCUUCAAGGAAGAAUGUUCCAUCAGGUUCCGGCAUUUUCUGUCACAGCAGAAAACAACAGGAAUCUGCACUGAUGUCUACCAUAAAUACCAGACCCGUUAUGCUCCAAUGUCUUCUGGGCCUCAGAGCUCCAUGUGGGAUUCACCUCCUCUGCCGCACAGGGUCCUUAUCACCAGGCUGUUGAGGAGGAGGGUGAGCCGGGCAGGUCCCGUCACCUUUAAUGGUGAGCUCUUUGGCCAAGCCCUGUAUAGAAUAUACAAGAAGAGGAUCCUGGCUCCUGAUGGUUUCUCCCGAAUAAGACGUUCUCUGGCUCUCCUGCUCCAGGCCGGGUGUCUGGGGUAUCACCCUGCGCUGUACACAGCAGCAGUCCUGCACCAAACAGGCCUGGGGCUGAAGAAGGACACAUCUAAGGCCCUGAGGUUUAGCCUCAUUGCUGCUCAGAAUGACGAGCGUCUCUCUCAGCUGUGUCUUGGGCACAAGCAUCACCUAGGGGUGGACGGGCACCCGCUGGAUUACGACCUGUCCUACGCGUACUACUCCAAUAUUGCUCGCCAGACAAUGGUGGACCGACUGCAGCCGAACAAGCACCAGGCUUUCGUGGAGUACAUCCGCCUGAUAGACGAGGAUGUAUUGAAGAAGCAGACAAAAGAAAAUGAUGAUCUCUUCAUGUGGCUGAGGUUCCAGGCGAGACAAGGGGUGUCCUCAGCUCAGCAAGCCGUCAGCCGGAUGCUCUUCUGGGGUCAGCAGGGAAUCUCCUCCAAUCCUGAGGCUGCAGUGAGGUUCUACGAAAAGGGCGCCAUGCAGAUGAAAGACCCUGUGAUGAUGUACGACUAUGGGGUGGUGCUACUCAGGGGUCAAGGAGUGAAGCAGAACAUCCCUAAGGCGCUGGAGUUCCUGAAGAAAGCAGCCGACAUGGACUUUGUUCCAGCGAUGAACAGUCUCGGCUGGUAUUACGAGCAGUUCGAGAAUGAUUACAAGAAAGCCGUGGAGUUCUGGGAGAAAGCGGAUGAACUUGGAAAUCCUGAGGCUCCGUUCAACCUAGGAAUCCUAAACUACUAUGGGCUAAUCCCUGGGAAGCCUCAGAACCACUCUGCAGCGUACUACUAUUACCUGCGCUCAGCAAUCCGAGGCCACAUUGAUGCAGCCGUGCACGUCUCCUCCUUCUGGAUAGAGGGUCUUCCGGGGGUCGUGGAUCGUCUGCCAUAUGAUGCUGUGAUGUGGACCAAAUGGGCAGGAGAGCAGGACGGGUACCUGGGGGCCACACUGAGGAAAGCUUUAGAUGAUUACCUCCAGAACUCCUGGCCCGGGGCUCUCCUCCAUUAUAUCGAGGCAGCGGAGGCCGGAUUUGAGGUCGCUCAGUUCAAUGCAGCCUUUAUCUGUGAGGACGACCCUGACGGACUGGUGAGACGCUUCAUGCAGAUCGACUGUGCGUGGAAAUAUUACAACCUCUCGACCCACGGCGAACGACCUCCGGCGUACGCUCAGAUAAAGAUGGGGGAUCUGUUCUACACCUCGCACGUCAGAAGGAAGAGGAACGUGGCGGCCGCGGUGGAGAUGUACACAGCAGCAGCACUGCAGCGAGAGCCACAGGGCCUCUAUAAUUUGGGGAUCCUGGUAGAAGAAGGCGUCUCGCUCCCCCGAUCCGCUCUUCGUCAGCUGGGAUUUAACAGCUCGUCUUCGCGCAGUAAUUACACCAUCGUCAUGGAGCUGUACCGCAGGUGUCGCGAUCAUGAGCAGGAGGAUUCGUACCUUCCCUGCAGCCUGGCCCUCCUCAACACCCAUCUCCAGUACAUAUGGACGUUCCAUGGCUCUGUCCUUAAGUGCUCCAGUGCAGCCGCCAUCGCCAUCGUCACCGCUCUCAGUUUGAUGACAAUAUUUGGGAGAUUACAGGCGGCGGCUCAGAACCUGCAGCUGUCCGUGUGAGGAGCCGCCCGGACCGAGCCCCGUCACCACCUGUUGCAUAUGAUGGGACCCCUGGAUCCAGAUGUGACAGCUAAAUCUGACUGUAUUUAUUGUAUUAAGUAUUACACGGGUGGGGAGCGGCGAGCG